UUGGGGUUUUGUUUUUUGGGUUUUGUUCUUGUUUUUUGGCUCCAGCUCAUCUGUGGCUUCAGCUGAUGACUGUUGAGCUCUCCAGUGAGGCUGGAGCGGAGCUGGGCUUGGGGGGAGGCGGGAUCCCACUGCCUUCUCCCUCCUCACUUCCUGCCUUGGCCGCUGCCGUCGCUUUCUGAGCCGGGACCUGAGCGCUUGUUGGGGUGGAAACCAGGGCAGACAACCAGGGGACGGACUGACUCUUAAAAACUGUUGAUUCAAGAGUUUAAACUGAUCAUGGGAGGACAAGCACGUAUUGCAGGAUCCCACUUAUAUGAGAUCUCUAGAAUAAUCAAAUUCGUAGAAGCAGAAGUAGAAUAAUGGUUACCAGAAGAGGCCGAAGGGAUCCAGUGUUUCAUGAGGACAGAGUUUCAGUUUGGGGAGAUGAGAAUGUUCUGGAGAGGAAUGGUGGGGACAGUGGCACAACAGUGUCCGUGUGCUUCAGGACCCUCAACUGUGUACUUCAAACUGGUUAAAAUGGGGACACCUGGAUGGCUCAAUGGGUCAGAUCGUCCGACUCUUGGUUCCAGCUCAAGUCACGAUCUCAGGGUCAUGAGAUCGAGCCUCACGUCGGGCCCCAAGUUCAGCAGGGAAUCUGCUUGAGAUUCUCUCUCUCUCCCUCUACCCCAACUCUCUCUUUCUGUCCUGUGGACAAAAAAUUGGUAGGAAAACUUAAGGAGGCUUAAAUCCCAUUAAAGAUGCCACAUUGAAAAUUCCUUAGGGAGGGGCAGGCACGGUAUGCUCAGGUGGUCUGGCCUGACAGCUGACCUCAGGCCUCUUCCGUAGCUGCUGCCCUCCCCGGGUGGCCUCGCGCAGGCCUCCGCCUUCUCUGGGCCUCACUUCUACCCUCUGGGGAAGGACAUUAUUGGGAGGACUUUCAAGCCCGAGGAGUCCAAAGUCUGGCCCCGGGUCCUUCCAGCCGGCUGGUGGAAGGACCAGGGGCUCUGUGCAACCCGCAGGACCUUCCUCCUUACUUCUUCCCUGAGGUUGCCCUCGGCUGCAGCUAGUGGAGGCUGGCCACACAGCCUGCCUGCCAAGAAGGGGACAAUCUGCCUUCACAAGCGUUCACUCAGUGCUGGGCAUGGGCGCGUCCCUUGGUCCUCGGGCCAGCUCGGAGGGUCCAGGAUGGUUACCCAUUUUACAGAUGAGGAAGAGUGGGGGUCUGAGCCAGGGUUCCACGACAGACACAGAAUGGAGGAGGGAAGGAGAAAGGGAGAUCGACUGAUGGAGCUGAGCCAGCCUGGAAUCCGGGGAGCAGGCACCGGGAAGGGCAGGCUGGGGCUUGGGCAGGUGCCGAGGCUGUCGGAAUGUCUCCACGGAAACCUCAGCUCUGCUCUUUGGGCCUUUCCACCUGGGUCAAGCCCACCCGGGCCCUGCAGGAUCCUCUCUACCCAAGGCCGGCUGGUGUAGAUGGUAAUCACGCCCACCAAAUACUGUCGAAGCAGCGCCUUGAUUGGUGUCUGUGUAACUGGGUCCUGCAAGUGACCAUCCCAUGGGCUCCGUUGACUCAGCCCAGGUCCCCAGGCAAGAAAGGGGCAAAAACUCAGCAACAUGCAACUGCAGUAUAAGGGGGAGAAGCUGUUCCAGCCCGUGACCCGGUCACUGUACCCUCAGCCCAAGUUGCUGGAGCAGAGGCCUGCGGAGCUGCUGACGCUUACACCCUGGUUGGCACCCAUCGUGUCCGAGGGAACCUUCAACCCCGAGCUGCUGCGCCACAUCUACCAGCCUCUGAACCUGACCAUCGGGGUCACGGUGUUUGCCGUAGGGAAGUACACGGGCUUUGUGCAGCACUUCCUGGAGUCCGCCGAGCGCUUCUUCAUGCAGGGCUAUCGGGUACGGUACUACAUCUUCACCGAUGACCCCGCAGCCAUCCCUCGGGUCCCGCUGGGCCCCGGCCGCCUCCUCAGCACCAUCCCCAUCCAGAGGCAUGCCCGCUGGGAGGAGAUCUCCACGCGCCGGAUGGAGCAAAUCAGCCGGCACAUCGCCAAGAGGGCACACUGGGAGGUGGAGUACAUCUUCUGCCUCAAUGUGGACAUGGUGUUCCGGAACCCGUGGGGCCCCGAGACCCUGGGGGACCUGGUGGCCGCCAUUCACCCCGGCUACUAUGCUGUGCCCCGCCAGCAGUUCCCCUAUGAGCGCAGACAUAUUUCCACCGCCUUCGUGGCAGAUGGCGAAGGGGACUUCUAUUAUGGUGGGGCGGUCUUCGGGGGGCGGGUAGCCAGUGUGUACGAGUUUACCAGGGGCUGCCACAUGGCCAUCCUGGCGGACAAGGCCAAUGGCAUCAUGGCCGCCUGGCAGGAGGAGAGCCACCUGAACCGCCGCUUCCUGUCGCACAAGCCCUCCAAAGUGCUGUCACCUGAGUACCUCUGGGACGGCAGGAAGCCCCAGCCGCCCAGCCUGAAGCUGAUCCGCUUUUCCACACUGGACAAGGCCACCAGCCAGCUGAGGAGCUGACGGCAGAGCCAGGGCUGCCGUGGAGGGGUCCCCAUGCCCCACAGCCAGUGCGCCCCAGUGCCUCCCUUCUGGGGCUCCAGGUGAGACCAGUCCAGCCCUGCCUACCUCUGUCUCAGCAGAAAAUGGAGGCAGAAAGGCCUUUGUAAACUGUAAAGGGCUGCACCCACAUGAGAACACAAAGCUCACACGGCCAGGAAGAAGGGAGGCAGAGGUAAAGCGGACAGGGCCCGGUGGGCCCUACCCAGCGGACGUGCCUUUUGGGGCAGGCUCUGGAGUCAGCCCUCCUCCGUGCCUGAGAGUAAAAACUCCGUGCCCACCUCUGCCCCCGUUCCGCUGCCUAUUGCCCUUAAAGUUGCACUUCUAGGCGUGCCUGGGGGGGCUUAGUCAGUUAAAUGGCUGCCUUCAGCUCAGGUCAUGAUCCCAGGGUCCUGGGAUCGAGCCCUACAUCAGGCUCCCCGCCCAGUGGAGAGCCUGCUUCUCCCUCUCUCUCUGCCUGCUGCUCUGCCUACUUGUGCUCUCUCUAUC